GGGAUUCUCGCGGUAGCGCGACACGCCAGGAGGAGCACUUCCGGCGCUGCGCCCAGGAAGCGGAAGUGAGGCUUCCAGGCUGAGACUGUCGGUGUGUUACUCGGCUGUCCUGAAAUCUAGGAAAAAAAAAAUCGUUUUCGUUUCACUUUCCCUGGCUUUCGAGCGCUUCCCCCCUGGCGGGUGGGAGUGCAGAGACUGAAGCGCAAGAUGAGCACCAUGUUUGCAGACACGCUGCUCAUCGUGUUUAUCUCCGUGUGUACGGCUCUGCUCGCCGAGGGUAUAACCUGGGUCCUGGUUUACAGGACAGACAAGUACAAGAGACUGAAGGCAGAAGUGGAAAAACAGAGUAAAAAAUUGGAAAAGAAGAAGGAAACAAUAACGGAGUCAGCUGGUCGACAACAAAAAAAGAAAAUAGAGCGGCAAGAAGAGAAACUGAAGAAUAAUAACAGGGAUCUAUCAAUGGUUCGAAUGAAAUCCAUGUUUGCAAUUGGCUUUUGUUUUACUGCCCUAAUGGGAAUGUUUAAUUCUAUAUUUGAUGGUAGAGUGGUUGCAAAGCUCCCUUUCACCCCCCUUUCCUACAUCCAAGGACUGUCUCAUCGAAAUCUGCUGGGGGACGAUACCACAGACUGUUCCUUCAUCUUCCUGUAUAUUCUCUGUACCAUGUCAAUUCGACAGAACAUCCAGAAGAUCCUUGGCCUUGCCCCUUCACGAGCCGCCACCAAGCAGGCAGGUGGAUUUCUUGGCCCUCCACCUCCUUCUGGGAAGUUCUCUUGAAUUUAAGAAGAACCCUAUAAUUCCUGUCAUUCUUUUUAGACACUCAAAUAAGACCGGCAACUAUUUUGUAGCAAGAGCCAUAGGCAGCCUUAGCACUUGGGCCACUUUCUAAUUUUGAGUUAUUUCUAGGUUUUUUUGGAUGUGAUUCGAAUGAGAAUGGCACUCAACAAACAUGAUAGUGCUUUUGGUCACAGAUUAAUUUUUUUUAAACAAGUGUUUUGAUUAGAUAAGCACAGGUGAUGUUUAUGUGAUGAGAAACAAAUUCUUAUUUUGCUUACACAAAUAUUUCUGUGGGAUCAACUUUCAAGUAUGUGCUGUGUGCCAUGUACCAUGGAAGUUGGCUCUCUAUGAGCAUUUAGAGAUCUGGAAGAAAAAUUUAGUUUAUGUAACUCUUAUUUGGAACAAUUUGUUGUGUGUUUUUUUCAACCCAAAUAUAUGACCUGAGAUCAAUAAAAGAGGCCAAAAUUUUAGCUAUUUCAUCUACAAGGAGAGACGUGUUUUGUUUUGCCAUAUUUCUAGAUACAUAUUUUUAGUAAUCUGAACAUAAGGGUAAACAUUGGCGAGGAAGGGGCAAUGCUGUUUUUGUUUUUUCUCGCCCGUCCGCCCUACCCUGGAGCAAUGUUUAAAUGUAAUAUUUUAUCAUACUUGCUUCAUAUGCUCAAAAUACAGAGUUGCCCUGUUAUAGGAAUUCUAAAACAUGAGAGGAAAGGAAGGUAAUAACUCACAGGAGUAUAAAAAUGAGGGUCCUCAGCAGUUUCCUUCAUACUCUAGUACAAUCUGUUGGAUUCUUGGGAAGGCACUCAGUCCUCCCCUCGAGGCAAGGUUAUAGUUAUUUGUGGUUAAUCUUGCAGAGCUUCCUUGUAGUCACAGUGGCCUUUGGUUCCUGCCCUGCUCCUUUGUAAAGGAUGAGGGGAUGUUUAUACCAUGAUCUUUCCCCCCGAAUCCAUGGAAUUAGAAAUCUUAUGUGGAGUGGUAACUCUAGUACUAAAUGUUUACUUUUAUCAGUAGUGUCCUUAGAUGCAUGUAUUCUACCAGUGAGAAAGGUACAUUAUUUGCAAAGUAACAACUGUUAAACCAACAGCAAACUUUUCAAUGGCAUCAAGUCCAGAAGACAGUGGGAUAAUAUUUUGAAAGCUGGAGAAAAUAAUUAUCAACCUAGAAUUUUAUGUACAACUAAACCAGAAGUUUGGGAGCAAAACUGGGGAAAAUAUUUUCAGAGCUACAAAAUCCAAGAUAGUUGAAUUAUUAAAGGAUACAUUUCAGGGACGGGAAAGAAUACCAGGGGGAAGUUGUGGGAUCUAAGAAACGAUGGUCAACACAGAAAUUGAUAAAAUAUAUGGAUAAAUUUAAAUAUUUUAUGGAUUAUCUAGUUUAAGGAUUAUCUCAAGACAACCCCACAAAUUAAUUACUGUUCUUGCCCUCAUUUAACAGAUGAAGAAACUGAGGCAAGAGAGGUUAACUAACUUGCUCAGCAUCCCUUAGCUAGUGAGUGGCAGAGUUAGGAUUCGAACCCAAGCAGUUUAAAGCCAUGUAGUCCAGGCUCUCAAAUGCUAUGUUGUAUUAUAACAUCCCAGUAUAGCAUGUGGUGAGUCUCUUCCCAUCUCUUUCCCUUAUCUCCUCAGCUAGAAUAUAUGAGCUCUAAAGUUGAGGCUUUGUCUUUUUUGGUUGUUGUUCUUGUUUCCUCAAAGCCAUCACAUGGGUGGGAGGGAGCACAGCAGGAGCUCAUUGAAAGCAGAUGAAAUGGAACAGAAAUCUCUAUUGCAAGGUUACCUUUAUCAGAAAAGAUGCCUGAUAAUGGAUAGUGAUAACUUCUAAUGGUCUUUUCUCCAUGUCAUUAACUGUUCCAGGCAAAAUAAAAAUUAAAAGGGUGAUAAAGAAGGAAAUGAUGAUCACGAUAACAAUGAUGAGAAAAUGAUGGAAUAUCUAAAAUAAAGCAUAAAGAGAGAAGAAACCACACUCAAAAUUCUGCCGUUACCUUGUAAAGUGAAAAUAUAUAGUUCAUCCUCCCAUCAGCCCUCUUAGGUUUUGAAGUUGGUGCUUUCUAAUCAGAUUUCUAAUGGAUGUUGAGGUUUUCAUAAAGUAUAUUUCAGUGGAAGAGGGUAAAUAAGAGGGAGAAGUGAAAAAGGAGAAGGAAGGAGGAGAGAGAACAUCUAUUCACCCUAUUCCUAAAAGGACACAAUAGCAAGGAUGUAUGCAGAGGAAACAGAGCUAUCACAUCACAAGAAUGUAAAUGCAAGGAGAUACUAAGGGCUACUAUAGCCUCACAGUUAGCUUUUUAAUUUACUUGCCCUGAAAAAUUUUCAAGACUAGUCAUUUGGAUGACUCUAAAUCCAGACCAUCACUGAAUUAGUGGAGAUGACAUUUCAAGCCAGAGAAGCCUCUGAACAGCUCUCAAAACACGUGAUUUGGCUACUUAGCUUAUGUAAAGGAUAGAUUGUCCCCGUCCUAGUUAAAAAAAAAAAUCAAGCAUUAUUAAUAUUUACAUUAGGCUACUCAGGUUGUGCUCAUAAUAUACUUAGUAGUAAACUUUUUUAAAAUGCAGGUAAACCUAAAUUUAUUAACAGAUAAGACUUCAAAAUCUAAGCCAGUUUGAAACCUGGAAAGCAAACGAGUGUACUCAUAUGCCUUUGACCAGAUUGUGGUUCCUCUUCUCUCAUUUGUAAAUUCUUCUCUUCAGUUUGUUUAGUAAUUUAAAAUGACAUCAAUGUGUUGAUGAGCAUCCAGAAUUUUCCCUUACAUCCAAAUCAAAACCAUUUUGUCACAGGCUAGUGUGUAGUAGGGUUUUUUCAACAUAACUUAAACUUACAUUGUGUAUUUCAGUCCUGCCCUUCAAUACAAGUAAAAGCACCAUAUACCUUCUCCUUUUUUGGAUUAAUUCUGCUUAAGUUACAGUCUUUUAUUUUCUUUGAAUUUACUUCUUGCUUUGAGUUUUAAAGCUUUUUAGAAUGGGGAAAAACCUCAAAAAUAAAUGAAAGUUAAAAAGAUG